AGAAUAUGGGUGGAUCAAGGAAACCAGUAAAGAAAAAGCAUAGCACAGCAGAGAAGAAUGUUAGUUUAAGUGUUCUUCAACAAUACUUUUCUGGGAGUCUUAAGGAUGCAGCUAAAAGCAUUGGUGUUUGCCCUACUACACUGAAAAGGAUAUGCAGACAACAUGGGAUCUCAAGAUGGCCAUCCCGCAAGAUAAACAAGGUCAACCGUUCCUUAAGAAAAAUACAAACUGUGCUCGACUCUGUUCAGGGGAUGGAAGGAGGAUUAAAGUUUGACCCAACCAGUGGGGGACUAGUGGCAGAAAGUUCUGUCAUCCACGGUUUUGAUGUGCAUAAAGAUAUCAUCUUUCCAAGCAAAAGCCGUCCUGCGAGAAACCUGGAGUCAGUUACCCAUGAUAUGGUGUCAGGGUCUCCAACCUCUUGUAUGGAUGGUGAUAAUUCUAGGGUUAAGUUGGAAGAAGAGUGUUACUUGGGUGGGAACGAAGUUCGACUUCCAAGGAAUCUGCUCAUUCCAAGUGAUUGUAAGGGAGAACAUAAAUCCAGCAUCCAUCUGACUCAUCAUUUUGAUGACUCCCAAUUGGCUACAUCAGAUGCUGGGCCAUCACAGCCAGCUUGUCUUGCUACCAGGCCUUGGAUUUCUAGUGAGAAUGCCUCUCCAGGUUCUUACUUUACAAUAGGAGGAUACAGGAAUUGGGAUUUGGACACUGAGAUAUCUGACUCUCAAUUCAUUUCUAGAAGCUCAAGCUCCAAUGCUGUUGUUGAUGAGGAAGAUACCGGGAUGAAAGGUGACAAUGGAAGGGAAGGCAAUAAUGGGGUCUAUGAAUGUAACCAGCUCACAUCUUCAAGCAUGACAGACUCAUCAAAUGGGUCGGGUUCAAUGAUGAAUGGCAGUUCAUCAAGCUCUCCAACCAUUGGGGAAAGGAAGCUUUUUAAAACCAAAACUAGUUUUGGAGAUGGGGGAUCGAAAAUAACUAUGAAAGCUACUUACAAAGAAGAUACUAUCCGUUUCAAAUUUGAGCCUUCUGCUGGGUGUUUCCAACUGUAUGAAGAAGUUGCAAAUAGGUUAAAACUGCAAAUAGGGACAUUUCAGCUCAAGUAUCUGGAUGAUGAAGAGGAAUGGGUGAUGUUGGUGAGUGACUCUGAUUUGCAGGAGUGUCUUGAGAUACUAGAGUUUGUUGGCACUCGUGCUGUCAAGAUUCUCGUUCGUGAUGCCCCUUUUUCCAUGGGCAGCUCUUGCAGUAGCAAUUGCUUCUUGAAGGCAGACUCUUAAAAACCUUAAAGAGUAGGUAAGGUAUAGGUGGGCAACCUUUAGAUGUUUCUUUCAUUGGUGUUGGAUUGCAAGGGUCCUUGGCGUGUUAAACCAUAGACGGCGGUGGAAUUGCUUUCCCAGUGAGCGGGUUGGCUAAUCAGGAAUGCCUUCUAUGUUUGGGUGUUCUAGCAGUGUUGUGUUUGCCUAUGAACGAAUGCCAAAAAAGAAGAUUCCUGUGGAGGAUAUAAGCAGUCCAAUGAUUUUAUUGGUGUUAUGUAUAGUUUGGUACAUGUAAGAAGCUUUGAUGAAGGUGUCAGCUGGCGAAUGAAGGUACUUUCUUUCAGUUUCAAGUGCCUUAUCUUAUAGGCUGUAUAUACAGGUUUGCUUGAGCAAAUUUUCAAAGCAUUAGGCUGUUGAAUUUCUGAUUUGGUUGCACUUACAUCCCUUAAUAUCUCUUUUUAGCUGAUUCAGUGAUGUUUCUAUAUUCCUUGCAACUAGGCCAAAGUUUUUAGCCCAUGUCUUCUGUGCACAUGGCUGAUGUGGGCUUAAA